UGUUUCCUGCAGUAGGUGAGUGAGUCGGUGUUAUUCUGUCCCACCCGACAAGCAGCACCUGAGCGCCUCGUACCGUCUACCGAUUACAUAAUUUGGAUUACUAAUCAUCAAUGUUUGCAUUGUAUUUGUAAGCAAAGAUUUUAGUGUGCAUGACACAAAAUAAGCAUACUGUUAUCGAUCCCACAUCCGGUCCAAGGCCUCAACACACGCGCACACGUACACGCACACACAGGUUGCACGUCGAUCAGCUGUUGUUGUUUUAUGUUUGGUUUGCUUUCUGACCUGCUUGUUGUUUUCCGUCCGGACUGCUCCGAACCAGCUAUCAUCCUCAUCAUCAUCAUCGUCGUCGUCGCGUCCUGUGCUCCAUCUUCAUCCUUACAGCAGCAUCAGCACCACCCUCAUUGGCCGCGCCUUCAUCAUGGAGCCGCGGCGCCCCCUGUCGACGUGGAGCCUGCCUGACGUCACAGCUUCUGCAUUUUGAAACACACGUCAACAAGUCUAUCUAUCUAUCUAUCUAUCUAGAUAGAUAGAUAGAUUGAUAGAUAGCUAAAGUCAAACAGUAAUCAAAAAGACACUUGCUAGUUGUUGUUAGUUGUCCUCCAGAGGCAGCAAUCACGUAACCGGAAGUAGAAACUCUGAAGAUGGCGGCGCAGGUAGAGUUGUUUUGCCUGGAGAGUUUCCCGUCUCACUUGAGUCCACUUGAUCUUCUGGUGUCCAAGUCCCAGCUGAGUUUACUUUUCCACAAUGACAAUGACCCCCCUACGGUUCUCUUCACCCCGUGGCGGCCUGCCAGUGCCCGCACGCCCGCCAUUUUACUGCGCGUUCAGCCGGUCAGCGAGAAGGAAGCGGCGGGCUUCGGAGGUUCCCGAGUCCCUCCGGGCAGAGUGAGGCUCUUCACCAGCGGCUUCUUCCUGCGGCUUCACGGCCUCCAGCCGGCGGGGAGCGGCGGCACGGUUCGGCCUGUUGUGCCUGUGAGCUUGGACAGUGUGGUAUUGGGAACCAGUAGCAGCCACUCUUUGGACCGGGACAACGCGUUCAGGCUCAACGCUGACCUGUUGGAACUGUGCCGGCCUGGAUGCUGUCUUCUGGCCCGGCAAGGAGAACCGCUGGUCGGGGAGGAGCCAGGGCAGAUAGCAGACCUGCUGGUGUUGGCGUGCAGCCCAGUCACGCAGGGUCGGAUCACGGCUGACACCACCGUGGUUCUGGCGGACUGCAACGACUGGUCGGACCUCCCACACUUAGCCCCACCCCCCAAGACACUCCAGCUGUGCGCCUCAGACUUUGCUCACGCUGCUGCCAGCCUGGGAAGCAGGUUAUCUCUCCUGGACAAGCAUCUGGGUUCAGGGUCCUGUGGCAUCUUGCAGGAGCAUCAGUGGCAGCUGGACGUGACCAUUAUGGACACACGGCAGUGGUUGGAGGCAGACGGUUUCUUUGGCGACGUGGACGGCCGCCUGUUUGUCAACAGACGUCUGCUUAUCAAUUUAGGACUGUUUGAUGGAGAGUGGGUCAAGCUGUGGUUAGCGGGCCGACCCAACAGACUGCGAGCAGCCAUGGUGACGUCACUGGACGCAGCCGUAGGAGGCAUGCCAAUCCACCAUGAAGGCGCUGUCAUAUCAGAAAUGUUUUGGUUCAACCUGACCGCAGGAGAUGAGACAAAUGUGAGCUGCGGCAGCCUGAGAUUGAAGUUCUGUCUCAGAGGUGGCGGCGACCACACGAUGGCAGUGGUCGCUCUGACACUUGCUCGGCCAGGCCGCCAUUCGCCAGCGAGCUUCAUGUCCAGCCAGUGGCAUCGCCGUUCUCCAAGCAGCCGUAUUGCUAUGACGACCUGCUGUCCACACACUUCAGCAGCAGCAGUCUGGUGUCGCUGGGAGACAUCCUUAGGGUUCCGACCCGAAACCAUCCAGACCUGCUGGAGAACCAGAACUCCGAGUCAGGCCCGCUCAGGAGCCCAGUUCUGUUCUUCAAGGUGCAGAAGGUGUGUCCUGCUGAGACAGAUGAAGAAGAAGAAGUGGGAGGAGCUUAUCUGGCUAAUAGACUGCACACGUCCCUCUUCAUGGUGGCCUUUUACCUUUCACGUCAAAGAAAUAAAAGCUUUCUAUUCUAACUUUUACCUCCAAUCUCUGAAAUGGCUUCAGGGCUCGCCUGUCAACAGCAUGGUGCCGUCUGGCGCUGUGGUGCUAUGGAGUGGCCCAUGUCCUGCAGGCCUGGAACAGACAGUGGAUGUCAUCGCUCGCAUCGUCCUCCCCCACCGCCACGGUAGCGCUCUGCCGGCAUGCACGCUCCUUCUCUACGGCCCGGCAGGAAGUGGUAAAGUGACGGCGGUCAGCGCAGCAACCUACAGGCUCCAUCUCCACCUGCUCAAGGUUGAUUGUGUGACCGUGUGCGGCGACACACCCGCCGCCACUGAGGCCAAACUGAUGUCGCUCUUCCAGCGGGCUGACGCUGUGCAGCCCUGUGUCCUCCUGCUCAGGAACCUGCAGCUUCUUCUGCGGCCUCGGGGGGUCACCGACGAGGACGGCCGGGUCCAAGCAGCAUUUGUCCAGAUGCUGAAGAGCGCCCCUGGCAGGGUAGCAGUGGUGGCAACGGUCUGCAAACCCCAGGAGCUGUCUCCUGGCAUCAUGGCGGCCUUUGUCCACCAGGUGGCAAUAGAGAGCCCCACUGAGGAGCAGCGUGACGCCAUGCUAGGCUCACUGACUCGAGACCUUAGCCUGGCGAGGGACGUCAGUCUGGAGAGACUCGCCAAAGUCACUGCCGGCUUCGUGUUGGGCGACUUGAGCGCCCUGUUGGCAGAGGCAGGCAGAGCUGCUUGCAGGCGACUUGUCCUUGCUUGCCGAGGUCGGCGGGAAGAGGAUUUGUGCUCCAGUGGUGUGACCAUCCAGAACCAGGACAUCCUCUCGGCGCUGCACACCUUGCAGGACGUCCAGUCUGAGGCCGUUGGCGCCCCGAAAAUUCCUAACGUGCGCUGGGAAGAUGUGGGCGGCCUCCAGCAGGUCAAGAAGGACAUCCUGGACACAGUCCAACUUCCUCUGCAGCGUCCCGAGCUCUUGUCUCUCAACCUGAACCGGACCGGAAUUCUCCUGUACGGACCGCCAGGCACUGGAAAAACUCUGCUUGCCAAGGCCGUGGCGACAGAGUGCUCCAUGACGUUCCUCAGUGUGAAAGGUCCAGAGCUCCUCAACAUGUAUGUGGGUCAGAGUGAAGAGAACAUCAGGGAAGUUUUCAACAGAGCGCGCUCGGCGGCGCCCUGUGUGGUCUUCUUUGAUGAGUUGGACUCUCUGGCGCCCAGCAGGGGGCGCAGUGGGGACUCUGGCGGGGUGAUGGACAGGGUGGUCUCUCAGCUGCUUGCGGAGCUCGACGCUCUGCCCGCGUCCGCCCAGGUUUUUGUGAUCGGCGCCACGAACCGUCCCGACUUGCUGGACCAAUCGCUGCUACGGCCCGGAAGGUUUGACAAGCUUGUCUAUGUCGGAAUUAACGAAGACCGAAGCUCGCAGCUCCAAGUUCUCCAGGCCAUCCUCAGAAACUUCCACUUGGCCCCCGAUGUCGACCUGCUGCAGGUGGUGGAGCGCUGCCCCGCCCACAUGAGCGGCGCCGACCUCUACGCUUUGUGUUCGGACGCCAUGACGGCCGCCAUCAAGAGGAAGAUCUCCCUCGUCCACCGGGGUCUUGAUUCGGAGGACUCACCGGUCCACCUCUCUGUGGACGACUUCACUGUGGCGCUGGACGGCUUCCAUGCAUCUGUUUCACAAGAGGAACUACUGAGAUACAAACACCUUCAACAUACGCUGACCGCAGCCUCCAUGCAACAUGGCCGCUAACCAGUGUCAGAGACAACAUGGCCGCCAUGCAAACACAGGUGAUCACGUGCUCCGUCACCAUGGCGACGGCCUCGCCAGAGGAGACGCUCGGAAGGAACGUUCCUUGGCAGAAGUGAGCCGCGUGGCACUUUACAUUCCAAACCAGCAGGUGGGGCAGCGCCUUGGCACGAAGGCUAACUUCCUUAGCAGCAGCUAAGUUGUCAUAAGUCUAAAUGUCAGUCAGACUUGUGGAGGGCGUGGCCGGCGUCAUGGCGAGCUCGCUUCGGUCCGUCUCUCGACUGACGUUAGCUUAAUGCUAAGGAAGGCCGACGCUGCCUCUUGUUGGAACAUGUUGGUACUACAAGACGUCAGCUAGCUAGCGUACAAACUGUCCCUUGAAGACGAGUUGAGCUUGGAGACUAGAAGAACAUUAGCAGGAGAGUCGUGGUCAAAACAUGGAAGAAGAACACGCUAGGAGUCUUCUCACUGGGGGGGUCAUGACUCAGGAGAAAUGUGGCAUUCUGCUGCAGGUUCUAGAAGACACGGAACAUUUUGGCACCACAAGUGAAGGGGAAAAAGAAGACAGAACAGGAAGUUGUCUUCACGAGGCUCACAUCACCGAGGGGGGAUGCAAUGCCCCCCUCGCUGCCCUGCAGCGAUGUGAGCCCGGUGGGCUUUUGUAUUUACCGCUUACGUGGCCUUGGCUACUUUGGUGCGCUUCAUCCUCUUCCUCCUCAUGAGGGUCACCUGAGGCCGCUUGAGGCCGGCGAUGAGCAGCAGAAGUCUGGGUCGAGACUUGGUGAGCCAGCUCCUCAGCAGCGUCCCUUUUGGAAACCUGCCACAGCGUUAGCACAGUUCUUCACGCCAAACGUCCGACCAGGCCCCGCCCACUCACCCCCACCCGCCCUGUAAUGUGCGUCUUUACGUUCUCCUUCUCAAUGACCUCUGACCUCCCGACAGACAUGUCCUCGUGGACACCCCCUCCUCCCCCCCUUCCUGAGACCCCAACCUCAAAGCCCAUCUACCUCACCACAGACCCCCGAAGUUCACGGUCCGCCCCCCCGAGCCCCUCACGUCAUUACCAAAGGUUCAAAAAAGUCCGGAGAACCGGAGAGCACGGCGGUCCUUACCAGUUGACCCCACACAUUGGUUAGCUUGUGGGCCAGCGCCGCUGUGUGCCGCUUGAAUGACAAGCUUGCCGCUAGAAGCUUCACUCUGCACAAACACCAGCUGCCAAUCAUAAUAGGAGGCCGUGACCCGGCCCGUGGGUGGCGGGGGGAGACCCAGCCCACUCAGCACUUCUCAACAGGCGACCAAUCAGCGAGCUCAAACGCCUGUUGCCAUGACAGCACGCAACCAGAGGUGGAGGGGGCUUUGGCAAGAUAAGCAUCUGUUUAUUUUUAGCAUGUUGUUACAUUAGCAUUUAUAUAUCAGGAAAGAACUGAUUAGACACACAAUAUUAGCCAGUGACUACGCUAACAAACGUACGUUAGCGGCAGCGUACAAGAAUGUUAGCCAGUGAGCAUGCUCGGAAAUGUAGUGUUAGCCAGUGAAUACGCUAACAAAUGUAUAAUGUUAGCAAGUGAACAGACUAAUAAAAAUGUUAGCCAGUGAGCAAGCUACCAAAAGUACAUUAGCAAGUGAACACGCUAACAAAAACAUGUUAGCCGGUGAGCAUGCUAGCAAAAGUGCAAUGCUAGCCAGUGAACAUGCUAACAUACAGACCCUUUCCAAAAAAAUUAGAAUGUCAUGGAAAAGUUGUUUAAUUU